GAAUGCUACCCAUAAAUAAAGGGUGUUAAAAUUUGAGUGGAUGUUCUUGGAGCCAGGAAAAAGAAUUCUUGCAGCUACGAAGAAAGAGAAUAAUCAAUAGUAAAUAGUGGUAAUGGCCCUAAUGGGGACGGUCAAGGAUGGAGAGGAGAUAAUGCUAAAGAAGAGAAAUGAGGAGCUGGAGAAAGCGCUCAAAGAAAGCAAGCAGAGGGAGGAAAAGAUGAAAUCAGAGCUACAAAGGGCAUGGGAGAGGCUCCAAGUGGCAGAGGAGGCCGAGGAGAGGCUAUGCUCCCAGCUGGGUGAGCUCGAGGCUGAGGCUGUCAGCCAUGCCCGCGACUGCCAUGCCCGCAUUCUCUCUCUCAUGAACGAACUCUCCCAAGCCCACAACCUUCUCCAUCUUCAUCCAGUCACCAAUUAACAUCAUCAUCAUCAACCCUUUUAAUUUCCUGUCUUUUUUGGCUCUCUCUGCCAGCAUAUGUAUUUGGGAGCAGGUAGAGAUGUUGCUUUCACCUUCGUGGGUGAUUGAUCUGUUGAUAAUUAGGUCUCUCUCUUUAGUUAUGAUGAUUCUCUCCCUCUCCCUUUUUUUCUCUAGGAGAGUCAAGAAUUCUGUACAAUAUUUCUAUUUUCUUCUCUUCAUUUCAUUUCAUUGUUCUACUGGAUGUGAAUUUUCUCUACCCCUAUUAUUAUGAAUUUUUUUUUGGGUGGU